AUGGGAGAACCACAAUGUAAUGACGCACUGGUGAUCUCGUUUCUCUUAAACAACACAAAGAUAAAGCGCGUGCUCGUAGACCCGGACAGCUCGGCCAACGUAAUCAGGUCCGGAGUGAUAGAACAGCUGGGAUUGCUCAAUCAGAUUAGCACCGUUCCUCGAAUCCUCCACGGUUUCAACAUGAUCGGGGAAGAAACAAAAGGAGAAAUCACCCUCCCAAUCAACACAUCUGGCACGACCCAGAGCACCAAAUUUCAGGUCAUCGACGGCGACAUGAGGUACAACUCUUUGCUUGGUAGGCCUUGGAUACACGAUAUGAAGGCAGUGCCCUCUACCUUACACCAGGUGGUGAAAUUCCCCACGAAAAAUGGCAUCACAACAAUACAUGGAGAACAGCGGACGGCAAGAGAAAUGUUCGUGGUUUACCGUGAGCCGUCAACUCCCGCACACUCGGCCUCAAACGAAGAAAAAAGCAUGCAAACCGUCGGGGAUGACGAGGAGGAUUUCUUUGCCCCCCGAACCUUCGUCGCCCCCGAAGAGUCGGACGCGACCAAAUCAACGAUCGAAUAA